UUAAAUUUUUCAAUUUCAACAAUUUACUGAGAGUGACGCUGAAUAAACCCUGUCCUCGGAAAGAGUUACGCUAAAAAACCGGUCCUCAAUUCCCUCCGCCCAAGGCCACUGCUUUUCCCCGCCAGCCGAGAACUGCUCUAAAACCCGGAGAGCGGAACUUAGAGUGGGACCCGCGACACUCGCUGUGCUACGCAAGCUCCGCCUCCAAGCACCAGCGAGGGGCGCGUGGCUGCCUGAAGCUCGGCCGCUGAGGCCCGCUGGUGGCGGCGGCCUAGGGAGGCGCGGCGUCUGCUGGGCAGGUGUACUAAUGCUGAAGUACUAUGAGCUUUCAGAACCUCUGGAAAGACUACAAAGUUCUGGUUAUUAUGGUACCAUUAAUUGGACUCAUACACUUGGGGUGGCACAGAAUUAAAAGUAGUCCUGUUUUCCAAAUACCUAACAAGGACAACGUUCCUGGGCCAGAUAGUCUGCCGCUUGCAAGUUCUCAGAAAGACCACAUCCAGGAAAAAUAGCAAGGUUGCAUACUGUGGAAAGAAGCUGCUUUGAAUCUGAGCUUGAUAUUGAAAGAAGAAAUGAAAAACACCAGUUGGAUUAGAAAGAACUGGCUUCUUGUAGCUGGGGUUUCUUUCAUAGGUGUUCAUCUCGGAACAUACUUUAUGCAAAGGGCUGCAAAACAGUCUGUAAAAUCUCAGUCCGCAAGUCAACAAAAGAAUGUCAAAGAAUGAAGUAAAAUAAAUUUUCGGAAUUACUAAUAAUGUCAUUAAAUAUUACAUGCUGAUUAGCUUCAUAAACGUGAAGCUAUUUAAUUUUGUAGCCACAAUGCUGCAUAUUCAGACUUUCAUUCCUAAAGAAUACUUUUUAAAAAUGUUAAAUAGAAAACUAUGGUUAACAAAAUAAAAGCUGUCUUCACAAAUUGCCACCCGAAGUAAGAUGUUUCGUUUGGAAGCUAAAAAGCCAUCACUGUGUAAAAGUGAACCACUUACAAGUGAGAGAGUUAGAGCCACACUGUCUGUCUUGAAAGGAGUUUUAACAUCGUGCUAUGGCCCUUCCGGCCGGCUGAAGCAGCUGCACAAUGGCCUGGGGGGCUCUGUGCGCACAACCUCACAGUCGUCAGCCCUGCUCGCUAACCUCUCUGUCACCCAUCCCAUUUUAAAGAUCCUGACAACCUCCGUGCAGAAUCAUGUGUCAUGCUUCAGUGACUGUGGCUUGUUCACAGGCAUUCUUUGCUGCAAUCUGAUUGAAAAUGUUCACAGAAUGGGUUUGACACCCACCACUGCCAUUAAGUUAAAUAAACAUCUUCUGAGCCUUUGCACCAGUUACCUCAAGUCUGAGGUCUGUGGUUGUCGAAUCCCAGUCAACUUUAGUAGCACUCAGAUCCUCCUUUGUUUGGUACGCAGUGUGUUAACAAGUAAGCCUGCCUGUAUGCUCACCAGAAAGGAAAUAGAACACAUCAGCACUCUGAUUCUCAGAGCCUUUUUGCUUACAAUUCCAGAAAACACCAAAGACCACAUCAUUUUAGGAAAGAGUAUAAUUGUACCUCUAAAAGGUCAAAGAGUUAUAGAUUCUACUGUGUUGCCUGGAAUACUUAUUGAAAUGUCAGAAGUUCAAUUGAUGAAGAUACUGCCUUUCAAAAAAUCAGAUUCUUUCAAGGUGGCACUCUUUCGUGUGUCUUUAUCUGGAGACCUUUCUGAUACUGGAGAAGGAACUGUAGUGGUCAAUUAUGGUGUUUCUCUUGAAAAUGCAGUUCUGGACCAGUUGCUUAACCUAGGAAGGCAGCUAGUUGGUGAUCAUGUAGAUCUUGUCAUGUGCCAAAAAGUAAUACACCCAUCUUUGAAACAGUUUCUCAGUAUGCAUCAUGUUACUGCCAUAGACAGAGUUGGAGUGGCUCUGAUGGAACCGCUGAGUAAAAUGACAGGAACACAGCCUAUUGGUUCCCUCAGCUCAAUCUCUCCUAGUAGUUAUGGAAGUGUGAAAGAUUUGUGCACUGAAAAAUUUGGCUUCAAAUGGUUUUUUCACCUUAUUCCUAAUGAAGAAACUGUCUGCAGCUUGCUUCUCGGCAACAGAAAUGACACUGUCUGGGAUGAGUUGAAGCUCACAUGUGAGACAGCACUGCAUGUUUUACAGUUAACAAUCAAGGAGCCAUGUGUUUUGUUGGGAGGUGGCUGUACUGAAACUCACUUGGCAGCAUACAUCAGACACCAGAUAUUGCAUUGGAAAACACGUGAGGAAAAUAACACUUGCAAAUAUAAGACUCUUAAUAAACCAGAAAGCAUUCUCAAAGAUGGUUGGUGUACUCAAACAGAACUUCAACUAACUACUGAAGCAUUUUGCAGUGCGCUAGAAUCUCUCACUGGCUCUUUAGAACAUGAUGGAGGUGAAAUUCUCACUGACAUGAAGUAUGGACACCUUUGGUCAGUUCAGGCAGAUUCUCCCUCUGUUGUUCACUGGCCAGAUUUGCUUUCAAGAUGUGGCUGUGGACUAUACAGUAGCCAGGAAGAACUCAACUGGUCUUUCUUAAGGAGUGCUCAGCGUCCUUUUGCGCCACAACCCUGCCUUCCACAUGAAGCUGUGGGCUCAGCCAACAACCUGACGUUGGACUGUUUCACUGCUAAGCUUAGUGGCCUGAAGGUGGCUGUGGAGACAGCUAAUUUGAUUUUGGAUCUUUCAUAUAUCAUUGAAGAUAAAAACUGAUAUAAGAAAGUAAUUGUUUAUUUUAAAAAUAAACUAGUCAGGUAUUAAUUAAGAAUAAUAUUGAGUGUAUUUGUUCUCUUCCAAAGUCUGUUCUGCAUUUUUAAUAGAUAGCUCACAAAAUUACAGAAUUACUUAUGUAAGGAAAAAUGUAUUCUUGAAUAGAAAUACCAUACAAUAAUAAAAAAUGUGAAGCAUUAUUAAA